UUAAAUGGCUUCAACUAUCACUGUGCGUAAUAAAAUUAGAUAUUCUUUUCUUAUCAUAUCAGAUUUCACAUUCUUUUCUUGUACAUAUAUCCGCAUUACUUUUACUAUUGGAGAGAGUAGCUAUUUUUUGAAAGAAUAUUAACAAAUGAGAUAACCGUUAAAGGCUAACAUAACUCUUCAUUUUUGCAAAAACUGUAUUUUAUUUUAAAAAAUUUCACCGAAUAAAACUGUUUUCUCCCGACGACUGUCGAAAGAUUCUUCACCUCUGACUAACCAGGGAACCUCUCCAAAUGUCCUCUCCUUUUUUUUAACAAAAUCUAGUAGGUUAUAGGUAAUCGACCAUGCUGAUUUCGAAUAUGAUAUUCAUUUGGGCCCACAGGUCUUUCCUAGCCGGUUUUUGAAAAACUGAUGUUCCAGAAACCGGCUAGGAAAGGCCUGUAGACCCAAAUGAAUAUCAUAUUCGAAAUCAGCAUGGUCGAUUACCUAUAACCUACUAGAUUUUGUUGUAAAAACGAUCUGUAUUGCCUACCGAUCUCAUUUCAUAGGAAACAGCUAAUUUAUUUAAUACGUUAGGAAAUGGAUCAAUAGGUGAGUAAGAAGAGUGAAUAAAAAUAUGUUUAACAAUUGUUUUCUAUUUUGUAGAUGAGAAAUUAAAACGUUUAUUAACAGAAAAACGUGAUACAUUUGAUCAAAUAGUUAAAUUAAAAUCUGAAUUAGAAAAUGACGAUUGA